CUCCGUUCUGUGGCCACCAGACGCGCUUUCCCGCUCUCGCCGCCGGCUCCUGCGCUACCGCCGCCUCCGCCGCCUCGCGCCGCUCCGAGCCCCGCGCCUCACCAUGCCCAACAUUGUGCUCUUCAGCGGCAGCUCUCACCAGGACCUGUCCCAGCGCGUGGCCGACCGGCUGGGCCUGGAGCUGGGAAAGGUGGUGACCAAGAAGUUCAGCAACCAGGAGACCAGCGUGGAGAUUGGUGAAAGUGUGAGGGGGGAGGAUGUCUACAUCAUCCAGAGUGGCUGCGGCGAGAUCAACGACAACCUGAUGGAACUCCUCAUCAUGAUCAACGCCUGCAAGAUCGCGUCGUCCUCCAGGGUGACCGCCGUGAUCCCAUGCUUCCCCUACGCCCGGCAGGACAAGAAGGACAAGAGUCGUGCUCCGAUUUCUGCAAAACUUGUGGCCAAUAUGCUCUCGGUCGCGGGGGCGGAUCACAUCAUCACCAUGGACCUGCAUGCCUCUCAGAUCCAGGGGUUCUUUGAUAUUCCCGUGGACAACUUGUACGCGGAGCCGGCCGUCCUGCAGUGGAUUCGGGAGAACAUCGCCGAGUGGAGGAACUGCAUCAUUGUUUCCCCGGAUGCAGGGGGAGCCAAGAGGGUCACGUCAAUUGCGGACAGGUUGAAUGUGGAGUUUGCCUUGAUUCACAAGGAGAGGAAGAAGGCGAAUGAAGUGGACCGGAUGGUUCUUGUGGGCGACGUGAAGGACCGUGUGGCUAUCCUCGUGGAUGACAUGGCCGACACGUGUGGCACCAUCUGCCAUGCCGCGGACAAGCUACUCUCAGCUGGAGCCACCAAAGUUUAUGCUAUCCUUACCCAUGGGAUCUUCUCUGGGCCAGCUAUUUCCAGAAUAAAUAAUGCUGCCUUCGAGGCAGUUGUUGUCACAAACACUAUUCCGCAAGAGGACAAAAUGAGACACUGCUCCAAGAUUCAGGUUAUUGACAUUUCGAUGAUCUUGGCCGAGGCGAUCCGAAGAACCCACAAUGGUGAAUCUGUGUCUUACCUGUUCAGCCACGUCCCCCUCUAAAUCCGGGAUGUGAGGUGUGGAGUGAGCCUGCUCUGGCUUCUGACAUGCAUGGCCUUGAACAACUCCUGAGUGAGAUGCCCCCGUCCUUUGUGGCGGGCGGCAAGCAUCGAAUCUGAAUUUUCCUGUGUGCCCAUUGGUAGCCGAGUGCUUCAGCCCCCAAAGAAGAAAAUGUGCCUGCACAGACAAAGCCCAGGACUGAUAAAUACGAAUCUCUCUCUUCUGCCGGAUCUCCAAACUUGAAGAGAAUGAAUUCUCUGAUCUAAAUUCUGUGGGUGGAAAAAAUGAAAUCUAUUUAAGUCAUUAACAGACUUGAAUAGCAGUCUUUAAGGUUUCAGACUUAACUACAGCAGAGGCUGAGUCGAAGUUGAAAAGUAGCGUUCUGGUCAUUGCAGAAACUAGCAUUUUGCUGUAUCUUAACAUGGCUUUUGAGAAAAAAAUGAGAGUGUAGCCUGGUAAGGUCAACUAUGCAAUACAGACUGAUUAUAUCUGGAAAGAGUUGAUUUGAGAUAUGUAAAGAGCCUAUUUGGGUGUAUAUAAUUUUUAUUUUGACAAAUGAGUGAUAUCUGUAUUUCUCGACAUUUCUAUGCAUAGAGAAAUGAAAAUGUAGUUAUGAAUACGCACAGGUAGAUGGCUUGGCCUCCAAGUGUAGACACGUUGACAGUGACUAAAACCAGCUGAUUGGAAGGUAAUCAUUUCAUCUAAGAUUUAGAGUCUAACAUACAGAGCUAGUUUUAAAAUACUGCUCUUCUGAUAGACAUAAAAAUCACUAUUGUCAUCUCUGUUCAAAGAACUGAUUGUGUCUAUGGUUAUUUAGCUCCACUUUUGAAUUUUAAAGUACUUCUGGUACAUUUAUCAACUAACUAGACUAGACUUAGCCCUACGCAGUGGCGUUGUAGACCUUAACUAUUGGAUGGUUCAGUUCAACAAAGAUGGUGAAGACGGCCUGGAGAGUGGCUUAAUCCCAGAACUCGGGCAUCCCUUGCUGCUUGUGUGGAGACAUUUACAUGAAACCACCAAAUAUCUUGGUCCUGUCUGACUCUGCUGAAUGGUGGUCGACUCCGUGGACAUCCAGCCAAAAACGGGAGCCAGAAAUAUGAAUAUACCAAAGUUGCCCAGCUUCCAACUUAAAUUACAUUCGUCAACUUCAAGAGACUCAUAUUACAAUUCUCCUUUGGUAAAUAUGCCGACUAGAUUCAGGAAGUAUGUCCUUGGUGGUGCUUGCAUCCGUUUAGAAUAUAGGAUUUGAAGCUCUUCCAACACUACUAACACAUUUCAAUAAAAUCCUGCUCCUUCUUUCUUC